GAUGGCGGUGGCCCUGGGACCCUUUAGGUGGUGGAGGCGGUGGCGGCGGCGUUUGUCGGCACGGGAAGUUUCCAGGAUGUUGCUCCUUCUCCUUUUGCUAGGGUCUGGGCAGGGGCCACGGCAAGUCGGGGCGGGUCAAACGUUCGAGUACUUGAAACGGGAGCACUCGCUGUCGAAGCCCUACCAGGGUGUGGGCACAAGCAGUUCCUCCCUGUGGAAUCUGAUGGGCAAUGCGAUGGUGAUGACCCAGUAUAUCCGCCUUACCCCGGAUAUGCAAAGUAAACAGGGUGCCCUGUGGAACCGGGUGCCGUGUUUCCUGAGAGACUGGGAGUUGCAGGUGCACUUCCGAAUCCACGGGCAGGGGAAGAAGAACCUGCACGGGGAUGGCUUGGCCAUCUGGUACACCAAGGAUCGGAUGCAGCCAGGGCCUGUGUUUGGAAACAUGGACAAAUUUGUGGGGCUGGGAGUAUUUGUAGACACCUAUCCCAAUGAGGAGAAGCAGCAAGAGGCCCAGAAGAGGAGGUAUUCUCCAGGAGUCCAGCGGGUGUUCCCCUACAUCUCAGCCAUGGUGAACAACGGCUCUCUCAGCUACGAUCACGAGCGGGAUGGGCGGCCUACAGAGCUGGGGGGCUGCACAGCCAUCGUCCGCAACCUCCAUUACGACACCUUCCUUGUGAUCCGCUACGUCAAGAGGCACCUGACGAUCAUGAUGGACAUCGACGGCAAGCACGAGUGGAGGGACUGCAUCGAGGUGCCGGGGGUCCGCCUGCCCCGGGGCUACUACUUUGGCACCUCGUCCAUCACGGGCGAUCUCUCAGACAACCAUGAUGUCAUUUCCCUGAAGCUGUUUGAGCUGACGGUGGAGAGGACCCCGGAAGAGGAGAAGCUGCAUCGGGACGUGUUCCUGCCCUCAGUGGACAACAUGAAGCUGCCUGAGAUGACAGCCCCGCUGCCUCCCCUCAGCGGCCUGGCCCUCUUUCUCAUCGUCUUUUUCUCCCUGGUGUUUUCCGUCUUUGCCAUUGUCAUCGGGAUCAUACUCUACAACAAAUGGCAGGACCAGAGUCGGAAGCGUUUCUACUGAGUGCCCCCCGCAACCGCGACCUGUGUGACUGUGCCCUAGGUGGUGUGGGAGCAGCCACGCUGACCUACCCACCCGGCCGGGUGGGCCUUCUGUCGCCAGCACCUGGUCAGGGAUGCGGGUCUGUCACUGGAGCUGUGCGGGCAGGGACGCUGGCCCCCCCUCCGUCAUCUGUGAGGACAGCCAACUCUGGCUCAGGAAGCCUCCCCCCGGGUGACGCUACUGCGAUGUGCCUUUUCCCAAGGUCCCGCCACUUGGGAGUGAAGAGGGCUGGCGAGAACCUGGGCCGCCGUGAUGCCAGAACCACCGGAAGGAGUUACCGAGCCCAGGCUGCCUUGCUGUUGGGCUCACAGGGCCCUUGGGCUUCACUUGUAAGUCUUGAAGGACUAGAAACUGGUGACUCCUCACACCUUCUGGCCAGCAAGCCACUGGUUUUUGCUUUUUGUCCAAGCUCCUGUCCACCUGAGGCACUUUCCUUGGAAAUCUGGAUGGAAAUCUCUUCCCUGCCUCUCCCUCCUUCCAUCAUUCUCUGCAGAUGCAAGCUGAGCUGGAAAAGACACCUGGCUGCCUGUCCGUUAGGGCCUGGGACUGCAGGACACACUCGGGUGUCACUGACCCUUGUUAGGUGGCCAUGGGGAGGGGGCAUUCUGCAGGGGCUUGCCGCUCUGGCCUUUGUUCUUGAGGGUGGAUCUUGGUUCUGUUGGUGUGUUCCUGACACUCCCAGUUAGGCCUCUUUAGGCCCCUGGUCAGAUGUGUGAAGUCAAGAGACACUUGGGAGAUGUCACCGGUGCUGUGGGACUAACUGUGAAACCGCUCCACUUUUUGACACCGAAAGCAGCCUCUACCAUGUGACCUGAGGACGUGGAAAUGUUUCUGGAUGCUCCAGAGCCUGCUUCGCUGCAUGUUUUGUGUUCAUAACUUUUGGAAUCCUACUUAGAGUGUCAAGAUGUAAGGAACCUUUCUACUAUAGCCUCAGUUUGGAUGCUCCCCAAAGAGGAACUCUUGCUUCCCUUAAGUGAUUGGAAAUGGUGGUUGUAAAUCUGGGAGCAGUGGAUCCCCGUCACCUGUGCCUGGAAGAGUUCAAUGUUGUUUGAGCAGCAGAGCCUGAGCAUCCUCCUCUCUGGGUCGGCCCUGAUGCCACUGCCUUACCUGGCGAGGAGUCGGGCGCUGCUCGCCUGUGUGCCCUGUGAUUCUGUUGCUGACAGGUGGGCUCUCCCUGGAGGGUCUGGACUCAGCUCUCCUAGCCCUGCGCUUCUGUAGCCCGAGGGAAAGUCUUAAUGUGGCUGAUGGAAAC